CUGCCGUUAAACCUAAAUAUGUGUCCAAAUGAAGGAUUUAUUCUUGACAAAAAAAGAAAGAAAAGAGAAACAAAUGAUCCGAAUCCGAAACACUUUUGGUCGGUUUUAGAAGAGGUAAAUUUAAUUUGUAAAAAGAAAUUUGAUGAAAACAGCUGGGGUGCUAAAAAAAUAAAAGAGCAACUAAAUAAGAAAAUAUUUGGCCAACUUUCUUUAUGAUGAUGAUACCUGUGCAUUGUACCACAGAAGUACUCAGAUUGGAGACAAUCACAGCAGAGUUUUAUCAAAAGAACAAAUGAUAGCUGAAAUUAAUGCCAACCAUAAAAUUGAUCACCGUAAAAGUGACGCGGUGUACGAAACACUUAGAAAGACCUAUUUUCCCGUAGUUCGGGAAAAUACAAGAUUACUGUUCAAGCAACAUAUAAAAUGUUCCCAAUGCCUAGCAGCUGUUGAUCUACCAAAAACACAAAUAACCAGAAGACCUAUACCGGCUACCUAUUCAAAUAGUAGGUGGCAAAUGGAUCUGAAGAAAAUGCCCCCAUGCAAAGGUUAUAAUUAUAUAUGCAACAUAGUUGACUGUUACAGCCGCUUUGCCUUUGGUGGACAUCUUAAACAGAAGACGGCAAAAGAAGUGUCGGAAUUGCUUCUGAAAUUCAUCUACAUAUUUGGCCCACCUCGGAUUCUCCAGACUGAUAACGGCAAAGAAUUUAAUAAUGCUGAUCUUUGUGCAGUAAUUGAUGAGUUUAAGACAAGAAAAAUUAAUGGUCGUCCGUACCAUCCCCAAUCACAAGGCAAUAUCUGCAAAUGCAACUAUAACUAGUAAUGAGUCCGUAAAUGGCGUAGAAAAUGUUGAGGUCAAUAAUACUGUACAGACUUACAAUAGAUUGAACGAAAUGAUACCAUCACAACAGCAACUCCAAAUGUCUCAACCACUGCAAGAUAUCACAAAUUCUCAAAUGAUGCGCAAAACAAGUUUACAUCAAAAUCGUGAAGAAUGGGACAGUAGCUUGUAUCCGGAAGAGUUGUUCCCUAAAAAAGUAUCCAAACUUACAGAAAUGCAAACUUUUCAUCCCGCAGUUAAUGCAGUUAUAGACUUCAAACCAAAUUCAGCUUUGUCCGCGGGUACAAACGUUUUUCUGUCCGGCUAUUGGAAGAAAGGACUUGUUAUGAAUAUUGAAAAUGAUGACAGUAAAGGGAAGGUGUAUACCAUAAAAGGAGCUUGAAAAUGGCAAAAUUCACCAAGUUUCAAAAUAUUUGAUUCGUCCGAAUUUGAUUUAGAUAUUUAUUUUAUGAAUUCCAUGUCAUUUUAAAAGUUGUGCCAAAUAAAGUCUACUUUUCACU